GGAGUCAAGGGCCACGUUUCGCUUCUAUCAGUUUCUGCUCCGUUCUGUGUUUGCCUGAACGCUGUUUGCUACACAGUGUACGGAUGGCGGCCUUCCCGUUAUCGCUGCCGACGCCGAAUUGGUAUUCGACCGUUGUUGCAGCUACACAAGCAAGACACAACAUCAACUUGACUUACCUGUUUUCCGUCUGAGGACCCCUGGAUGAUUCUCGAGGCAAUCAACCGGCUCUAGGCCGUUCUUGCAGCACGUGUAGCCAAUUGUCACUUCGGUCUCUCAACCAACUCCUUUCCGCGCCGCGAUGUCCAUGUUUCGCAGGCCUGGCGAUUCGUCUUCGUCUUCGUCUUCGUCUUCAGAGGCAUCCUUGGAUCAAACCGAUGAAAAUGAGGCUAGCGUGUCGCAGCAAGAUAGUGUUCUCUCCAGGAUUAACACCCUAGAUUCGGCGUCACCUGGAGGGUCUACCGUAAGACAAACCCCGCCUCGUCUGGACAUGCGGCAGAGCUCGGCACAAAACGUUCGCGACUUGAUGCUUCAUGCGUUGCUGGAGGAGAGGACUGUGAGGCAAAUAGCAGAUCAAUUGGGGAAAGAUCCUUCUGAUCCGGAGGUUCAGAGGUUGGGCCGCGAGGCUUACCAACAAAUCGCCCGACAAAUCUCUAACAACGUGGACGACAUGUAUGCAAGCGACGAGAUGCAAGACCACCGAGCUACCGCGAAUGAGGGAAUCAGCAAGCUUACCAAGAGCAACCUCAGCAUGCUCUCCGUGGUCCCAGAAGGAGCUUCCCAGGCUAUAGUAGCUCGACCCCCACUGAACGGCAUGAAAAUGGAAAUACCACAGCAACUACCAGCCGAUUUCGAAAUUCUGUCAGGUCUCUCUGCGCCAACCGAGCUACAUCUCCGCGGUUACCCAGGUCUUCAGACUGAUCGGUAUGUUCGAGAAUUUUCUGAGCUUGCAGUUGUGGGCAAGGGCGGCUACGGAAAGGUUUUCAAAGCCAAACACAAGCUUGAUGGCUCUUUCUAUGCCGUCAAGCGUAUUCCAGUGAGCCCUGCCAAGCUAGCAAAAAUCCAAGAGCAUGGACCGCAGGAACUGGAGAGCAUGCUGGAAGAAGUGCGUUCACUUGCUCGUUUCGAUCACAAUAAUAUCAUUCGAUACCACAACGCCUGGCUGGAGUUCACUACGGCCCCAGCGGAAGCGCCUAUCGUACCCACGUUAACUGUUUUACGAGAUGAUCGGUUGCUUGAAGGUGCAGGCGCGUUCUCUUCUAGCCCAGCCGACGUGGCUGGCCUGCCAUCACAGUUUGGUAGUCUCUCAUUUGACGAUUCGCUUGGUAGGCCAGAUAACGGCUAUAGUGCUGAUAUUGUUUUCGAGACCAGCGACAAUGGAAUGGGCGCCGAAGAGUCUAAGAGCGAACUGGAUAAUCUCUCCUUGAAAGAAAAAAUGAGAAGCGCUAAACGCAAAACUCGACGGGGUAGCCAAGCGAGUCAGGCAACCAUUGCAACUGUAUCAUCGACGAAGUCCCGGAUGAGCGCGGUGGAGGAUGUCGACGAAGACUUCGCGGAUGAGGAUAUCGAGACGAUUCCCCGAUCACAUAUGCCAUACUCACAGGAGCUCUCUUCCGACAAGUCAGAGAGCAUGGUUUCACAUAGCGACAUGCCCGGCCACAUGAUCCCAACCCGUAGUUCCGGACCGAUUUUGACGCUCAAUGUCCAGAUGAGCCUUUGCGAGACCAACCUCUCAGCAUUUUUAUCCUCCGAGCAAUCAUUCUCCGACGUUCAACCUCUCGACAGACACUGCUUUCAUCCUUGUAUCUCUCUAGAAAUGUUGAAAAAUAUCGUCUCGGGCGUGGAGUAUCUACACUCACGCGGUGUUGUUCAUCGGGAUUUGAAGCCCGCGAAUGUCUUCCUGUCACUCUCAACAGAUCGGCAUCCACCUUAUGGUUCUGUUGACUUGUCGACGUGCACGUCGUGUCCGAAGCGGGACUGCUUGCAUGUGACACCACGCAUUGGCGAUUUCGGCCUCGUCGCAGCGCUGAGCGACGAAUGCGUGGGUGCAGACACCGAAACGAAACCAGUCGGUACUGAGUUCUACCGGCCACAAAUGACUAGAGGCGUUAGCGAGAAGCUCGAUGUCUUCGCCCUGGGCGUUGUUGGGUUCGAGAUGCUACAUAAGUUUGGAACUAGGAUGGAGCGCGUCGCAGCUCUGACAAACCUUCGACGAGGAGACUUCCCAGACGGGUUUGCAUCUGAAUUUGGGGAUAUGGGCAACAGCGUGCAGCAACUCAUAGGUGAUAUGGUGCAACUGGACGAGCAGAAGCGGCUGAAUUGUGAACAGGUGAAAAGCGAAAUAGGAAGGCUAGUGCAUAUCCUGAAGGAAUGAUUAUUAGUAGACACUGGGAGCAUAAAUAAAGCGUUAUUUGGCCGCAUCAGAAGUAUUGAGAUACCCCACGUAGACGUCGAUAGCAAUCUAGGAACAGCAUCGAAACCGGGCUAUGUAUGUUUAAUGAAAUGACAUCCCCUAACCUCAGCCCUUGAUUGCGAGUAGCUUCAUGCUCAGCUCUAUCGGGCU